AUGCUUGUCUCCGUGCCACCGUUGAUUGGUGCAUCGUUGCUUCACUCGCUGCCUCAAUCAAACCAGGCAGGAAGGUUAGCUGGAUAUUACCUGACAUACACACAUACGAUGUCCUUUACUUUGAAUACCGGCCUAAUGGCCUCGAAUUAUGCUGGAAAUACAAAGAAGUCAACGGCCAACGGUAUCAUUUUCGCUGGCUGGGCCGCAGGACUUGUCGCAGGGCCUCAAUUCUUUCUCGACAGCCAAGCCCCGACAUAUGAGCUCGCCUUCAAGAUGCUAAGUAAUUACACAGCCCCGUUCAUCAUCACAGUCAUAAAUUAA